UAUUAUACAGAUCAUUGAAUCGAAGACAAAUCAUGAACAUAUUAUCCUUCCGUUUCUGUCGGGUGGUGCCGUUGGUGUUACCACAUGUUUACUCCUCUUUCCUUUCAAUUUUUGCAAUACCCGAAUAUCUGCAGAUGUCGGCGACAACAAGAUGAUGCAACGAGAGUUUUUAAAUUUAAGGGAUUGCAUAAGUAAAGUUUAUAAGAGCGAUGGAAUCAUCGGCUUCUACCAAGGAAUGUCGAGCAUGAUGGUUGGAAUGUUUAUAUACAGGUCAGCUUACUUUGGUAUCUAUACAAUCAGCAAACAAACAUACUUAAAUUUAGACUCGUCAGAAUCCAAGAUGCCUGUAAUACAAACACCAUUUUUUGUAUCCUUGGCGCUUGCUCAGUUAUCAUCUUUCACUGGAACAAUGAUUGCCUAUCCUUUGGAUACGAUAGGCAGGCAAAAAAUGCUUGCGAGUGGACGUGGUUUGAAAAACUACGUGACGACGCGACAAGUGAUCCGUAGGAUUAUAGAAAGAGAUGGUCCAGUGGGGUUUUAUAGAGGAGUUUUUGCUAAUCUGUUAACGACUAUAUGUGGAUCAUUUGUUCUGGUUACGUAUGAUUUGAUUAAAGGAUAUUAUUUUCGACUACAGGAAGAAAAGGUUGUCUCUAACACUCGAAGACCAUUAAGAAGGAUAGACGAGUGAACACAAAAAUGCGUUUGGAUCACAUGUUGAUUUUCGAGAAAGAACUUUACCGAUCCCGGGAUUGUAUAUAUUUGCAAACAGAUACUUAACUUUUUCUACAAAAUAAAGCUUCUUAGUCCGUCA